ACUGUAGCUUUAGCCUCCUGGGCUCGCCUCCUCUGUUAGGGGGGCGAGCGGUUGGGGCUUGAGCCUUCUGCUCUGAACCUCCGUGGCAGGGGUCUGUCCUGGUCUCUCCUCUCCUGUGUUGGGGGGCAAGUGCCUGUGACUCCCCCCUCCUGUGGCGGGGGGCGGCUCUGCCCCGGGCUAGGUGCGCGUGUGGCUGCGGCUCUGUCCCUGUCCUGCUCUCUCUGCUGCUGCUCCUCGUCCCCUCUCCAGCCCCCCCUGCGCUUGUUGCUAUGGUGUCGCGGCUCUGCGUGCUGUGGGCAGUGGCAGCGCUGGCGCUGCUGAGCCGGCGGGCGGUGGCGGUGGGGCCGGUGGUGCGGUGCGAGCCCUGCGACUCACGGGCGCUGGAGCAGUGCAAGCCGCUGCCGCCCGAGUGCUCCGAGCUGGUGCGGGAGCCGGGCUGCGGCUGCUGCUUGACCUGCGCCCUGCAGGAGGGGCGCCCGUGCGGGGUCUACAGCGAGCGCUGCGGGGCCGGCCUCAGCUGCCAGCCGCGCCGAGGGGAGCUCAGACCCCUGCAGGCGCUGCUGGAGGGCAGGGGGCUUUGCACCAACGUGACCACGGGCAGCAAGCUGAGGACCUUCCUGCUGCAAGGAGUAGGACCACAUGUUCCAGGAAAUUCCAGUGAUUCAGAAGAAGACCAGAAUGCCAGUAGCAUAGAGAAUCAGGCCAUCCCUAACUCUCACAGGGUGUCAGAUUCCAAAUCACAUCCACAUCACACCAAAAUAGAUAUCAUCAGGAAAGAACAAGCCAAAAAUACACAGCGGUACAAAGUGGAAUAUGAUUCACAAAGUACAGAUACACUGAAUUUCUCUUCUGAAUCCAAACAAGAGACUGAAUAUGGUCCCUGCCGUAGAGAAAUGGAAGAUACAUUAAAUCACCUAAAGAUCCAGAAUGUCUUGAGUCCAAGAGGAUUCCAUAUUCCAAAUUGUGACAAGAAGGGAUUUUACAAGAAAAAGCAAUGCCGCCCAUCCAAAGGCCGAAAGAGAGGCUAUUGCUGGUGUGUGGAUAAAUAUGGACAGCCACUUCCUGGAUAUGAUGGGAAAGGAAAAGGAGAUGUCCACUGCUACAACUUGGAAAGCAAAUGAGGGGCUGGUGCCAUCUCCUGUGGAAUCUGUGUGUGGCAGUUCAACCCAUCAGAGACCUUGGAGGGACUGGGGAAAAAGCAUGGACUGCAUUGGACUUGGAGUUACGAGUUCUGCCUCCUACUGAUAUUGGGGGAUUCAUUGACUCUAUGGACUCUGCAGCUGCACCCUGUCACUGACACACUUCCCGCUUUCUAUAGAACAUAGGGAGCUCUGAAUUCCCAAGUAAAUCUGCACUAUUUAUCCCCAGAAAGAAAAAAAGGCACUUCAGAAUGGAUUCAGGGAGUCUCCACUGACUUUUUAAAAUAACGGCCUGUGACCAAUUUGAUCCCGAAAGAUACUGUGUUUUAUUUUAAAGAAUUUAUAGAUUGUAAGCUUGUAAAAAUAUUAAAAAAAACCAAGGAUUUAAAAUUUAAGCUUUUUCUAUACAGGUCUGACGGGACACUUAUCUUCACGGGUAAAAUGUUUUAUAAAAAUCUCAAAGAACUUUUUAAAGAAACGUGUUUCUAAAAUAAAGACAUGGCUAUUUUUUUCUGUAAAGUAUAUUAUGAAUAUUCUGUUAGUCUGUAUUUAAUAUAAUUGUUUUUUAAUAAACGUUAUUUAAAUGUAA